AUGGCUAGGUCAGCGGAUCCUGUACAAGCGGCGCGCAAAGCAGCGGGCAAACGCGAGGCCAAACGCAAUCGGGAGCGCAAAGAACAAGCUCAGGAGGCAAGAACGCUGCGACAAGACACACACUCGCUCGAGAGACAGAUCCAGCGUCUCGAGGCGCGACAGGACACGUUGAGCGAGGAGGAUCGGGAGGAGCUCAAACGCCUCCAAGCCGAGGUCGCAAAGAUCAAACGUAUCAAGGAAGAUUAUCUCCGCAAGCAUCCCGAUCAGCGCAACUUCGUUCGAGGCUACGAAGAGACUAGCGUCGGAAGCUCCUCUGCCAAGCCAGGUCAAGCCAACGUUACUCAGCCACAGCAUCUUCCUUUGCGGGGUGAUGCUCCAACACCACAGUCGAAGCAGAGGGAUCCGAGAUGGAGCAUCUACUACGAUGCCACCUUCAAUCCAUACGGAGCGCCACCACCAGGCAUGCCAUAUCUCGAGAAGCCGUACGCACAGCUAGUAGAAGAAGGGCUCAUAGAUGCUGCCAAGCCUCCGCCGCUCCCUGAAGAGACGGACGGCGCGGGCGAAGAUAGCGACGACUCCAGCACUGAUGAGGAGCUUAAAGACAUUGUCAUGCCGUCCGGUCCACCGCCAAUACGACUGCUAUCUAGCGGCGCGGGGUCACGAUCACACACGAGACGAGGUCGAGGUCAGCCAGAUCUAUCGAGAGAUGGAGCGCACGGAGCCGGGAGAGGUGGUAGGGGCCGAGGAUCGGCACUCCCGCAUCAGCACGGCCCGAGGCAAGGACCAAACCAUAGUCGAGGCGGACACGCUGGACCCCAUCAUGUGCCAGGAGGUCUAUCUCCACGCCCGCCUUCGACCAGUCGUAGUAUUCCCGUUCGGCCACCGGCACCGAUGGCAAGCGCUCCCGCCUCUGCUUCCACUCAGGGACCUGCUCCGCCAGGGCCACCUGGACCACCACCGUCGGUACCUGAUGGCGUCGUGAUCUCUGCAGAGCCACAGCUGCGCAAUUUCAAGAAGGAGUCGACCGCGUUCGUCCCGGCUGCCAUCCGCAAAAAGCAACAAGAGGAAAAAGCGAGGACGAAGCGAGGGAUGCCUGGCAGGAUCGAUGCUGCGCCUGUCUCGAAUGACGCAACGGACUCGUAUGAAGCGUCGGCCAAGGACAAGCCGGAUCUGCUCAAGUCCGUGCAAGCUCACCUGCCGUCGAAAGUUGCAGACCAGAGAAGUAGUGGCAGCCAGAGCAAGAAAAGUGAUUAUGACCGCUUCCUCGAUGAAGUCGGCGAUCUGCUGUAA